AAGUGCUUUAUUACGCACUGGGUACUUUCACAAAUAAAAAAAAAAAAGAAACAGAAAACCAAAAUGAUUAAGUUGUUUUCUCUGAAACAGCAGAAAAAAGACGGUACCGAUAGCGGAGAAAAAUCAGGAACACAGAAAAAAGCAUCAGCUGCACAGUUGAGAAUACAGAAAGAUAUUCAUGAACUCAAUUUACCAAAGACCUGUCAAGUAGAUUUUCCUGAUCAAGAUGACUUAUUAACCUUUAAACUUAUCAUUUGUCCAGAUGAGGGUUUCUACAGAGGAGGAAGAUUUGUAUUUAGUUUUAAAGUAGGUCAAGGUUAUCCUCAUGACCCUCCAAAGGUAAAAUGUGAAACAAUGGUGUAUCAUCCUAACAUAGAUCUGGAAGGAAAUGUAUGCCUCAAUAUUUUAAGAGAAGACUGGAAGCCUGUUUUAACAAUUAAUUCUAUAGUAUAUGGAUUACAGUAUUUAUUUUUGGAGCCAAAUCCAGAGGACCCAUUAAAUAAAGAAGCAGCAGACGUAUUACAGAACAACAGACGGUUAUUUGAACAGAAUGUUUCAAAAUCAAUGAGGGGAGGUUAUAUAGGAUCUACAAUGUUUGAACGAUGUUUAAAAUGAUGACCCUUCUAGUUUAGAUAUAAAAAAAUGUGACAAACAUUUCAUAUGAGUUGUACAAGGAAAUACAUCAUGCAAGUAAUACCACUGCACCAUCACGGCAUUUAUUGGAUGUGUAGUAAGAGAAGCUCUGAUAUUAUUUGUUAUAUAUUUGUUGUUUGGAAAAGAUUGAUGUUGGAAGAGGAUAUAAAGUGGGUAGUAUAUCAAGCUGUCAUUGGUUGAAUAAAUUUUUUAAUCAGUGACAUUUUGAGAAGUAGCAGCAAAUGUCUUCUUUUCUUUUUUUUUUCUCGUGGAUUGUUAAAAUAAUUUAAAGAAUAUUACAGUGUACUAGUUAAUCUUUUCUUAUAUACCGUAAUUCCUUGAUAUUUAUAGUUGGUUUAUUAUUUCUUCAUGAUGUAUCAUAAUUGUGAAAAAUCAUUCAUAAAAACUUUUCAAAUCACUGUGAAUCUUGAUCUUUGAAUAGUUUUUAUUGAAUAAAUAGUCAUUUAAAGAUUGGUCCCUUUUUUUCCUAAAGUGAUAAGUGAAUCUAGUUAAACUGCCUGUACACAUUAGAAUUUUUUCAUUUUUUCUGUGAACAAUUUUAUCACAUAAUUGACUAGAACAGUCCUUUCUCAUCUUAGCAUUUCUAAUAGCCACAAUAUGCCUUUUACCAUUUUAAAAUUGAUUUUAAAACCCUUAAUAUGCAUUAUACCUAGUUAAAUUACUGGGGGAAAAAAUGAUAUCUACAAUGUAUCCUUUAGUAAAAUUUCUACCUUUUACAUAAAGAAAUAUUUGUUGUCAGAACUUCCUGUUUGUAGCAAACUGUUGUAACUUGCCAUUUCAUGUGUUUUUAAUCAUGUUCACAAAAUACGAAUAUUAGUUUAAUAAUUUAUGCACCAGAGUUAGGGAAGUUAGGUCUAGAGGAACCAGUAUUUUAAAAGAAACAAUAUUAGAUAAAACUGCCUCAUAUUUUAUAUCAUUGUGACACUUAUUCAAUGUAUCAGUAUAAACUUUGAAUUUAUUUACCUGUAAUAACAUUUAAUAGUUACAUGUCACAAAUAAUAUUGUAGCUUCCUCUUUUUUUUUUAUUGUAUUUUUGAAACAUUAUCAUUGAAUACAGCUUUUAUAUUCAAGUUUUUUUUUAAGUUCUGAAAAUAAUUUUUUAUCGAGAAAAAUAAUUGCUUAUAUUAAAAGGUCAAACGGAGGUUAUAAUUAAAAUUGCCUUUGGCCAGGGGUUAACAUAGAUACUCAAUUGUUCUUAAAAAAUCUUUCUCUUACAUAGUAAGGGAGUACAUGUAGUGUGUUUGCUACUUUGUUAAGGAAAUAGCUUAAAGGGGGAAAACUCUGAAAUUCAUUUCAUAUGUAUACCACCUGUCAAGUAAAUUGAAGAUUUUUUAAAAAGAACUUCUCACAUAAGGUUUUGGGUACAUUACAACAACAAAUUAAAAUGGAGAGUUUAAGCCACUCCUUUAUUGUCACAUACAACAGAACAUAUUUUGAGUGAUGUAAACGUUUAUCCAUGAAUUGUGUGCCCUUAAAAAAAAUGAAUUUCACCCUUUAAUCUUUUGAUGAGUUCCUGAUAUCCUAUUAUUGAAAUGCUCUAUGACAUUAAAUUUUCUUAUCUGGCAUUUAUAAACAAUCUUAAUUGGUUUUAAAUACAUAUUUCUGUUAGAAUUACUAAAUUUACUUGAUAUGUUAAGACAUUUUCAAUAGUUAACCUUAAAAUGACUGAAAGAUCUUUACAUGUAACAAUGUAUAAACUGGGGUUUUAAUGAAAACAAAAGUCAUGAGCUCCAAAUUUUGGAUGAUAGUCUUGUAGUAUGAAUGAUCAGGGUGAUGUGCUAUAUUUAUAUUAUUUUGUUCUGUAAAAAAUAAUGAGUCAAUAAAAAUUAUUCAACCUCA